AUGUCGUCUGCAUCUGAUAUUUCUGCUUUUGAGCAUUCCGUUGAACCAGCUCCUGCUGAGACACUCUUCCGUGAUAAGAAAUGGACAUAUAAUCAGAACAUAACGUCUAACACCGGUCAGUAUACCGGGCAAAUCCAAUUUAAUCUUUUAACGAUCUCUUCGCAAGCUGCAUUUGUCAAUUGGGAAGAAGCCGUUAUCGAGCUUCCAGUCAAGCUUCAAAUUCUUAAUGGUGGUGCUGGUUCGGUCACCUCGACUGCUGUCUGCACUAUUGAUCAAUUGACACCAAAGGCCGGAGAAUGGCAGCUCAUUGACAGUGUUCAGGCUGUUAUUGACGGAACCACCGCUAUCACUGAAACGGACUAUAACACGUAUGUGAAACAUGGUCCAACCAGCAACUUUGUACUGGAUGAAUAUACCACGCCAAUGAUUCAAGGGGCUUCCGCAGCGGCUCAAUCGCUUGAAAGCUUGGCUACUUCGUCGUUUUUGACAGCUACUAAUAGCGUGGGUGAGUUUGGAUUGGCUAACACAUUCUCGAACCGACGAGCCGCCGAACGAUCGCUCUUUACUGCUCUUGACCAACAAAGCUCGAAACUUGCAUUCGAUGUUAUGGGGGGCAGCGCAAAUCUUCAGGCUGUAUCGAAAUCUCAAGUGUAUGUGGCUCCUGCUAGCGCCGUUACUGCUGGCUCGCCAUUUUACGUCGCUCAUUAUUUGGCUUGCAUCAAAUUGCAGGAUAUCUGUGACUAUUUCAAGAAAUGCCCAAUGCAGAAGAACCCGCGCGGUUUUAUUUACCUCAAUUACAAUAGCUCAUCUACUACUUUGGUUACGACUGCAACAACAUGA